AUGGCUGAGUUAGUGAGGGUCGGAGGUACUGGGAGAUCCCUCCUAAUAACAAGUAUCCUAGCUUUCGCAAACGCGACCCUUUAUUCCCGAUGUUACGAGGAAGCGGACCUUUUGCUCCAGGCAAAACACCUUUUCCUGUGUGGAAAAACCGCGUCAACCGAGAACAGUGCGGACAUACUCGCCCUGUGUCUCGCGACGAGUAGCGUCCGAGGAGACCCGCACGAAAUCCACGUGAAACUCGUUGCCGGAGACGAUGCUUUUAAGUUUCGUGUGGGAAGCGCAUCCUGCUCGUGCGUGGCGGGACCUUCCGAGUGCUGCAAGCACGUAGUCGCCGUCCUCCUACACUGCAACAGGACGGGAAUUCAUGCUCUCGAGGACUUGAGCUGCACUGAUAAAGAGUGCUCGUGGAGGAAGGCGCCUGGAAAGGCACUGUACGGGGAGCCUGUGCCCGUGAAGGCAUUUUGUCAUGUAAGAAUGCUGCCAGCCCCCCUGGAAUGUUCUACCCAAGAGAAGGGGGAGAUCUUGAAGCUGCUGACAGGCGCCUGCUACAACUCCGCGCUUGCCAAGCACAGAAGAAGACGGCGGGCAGAACAGUCAUGCAGUGCCCCGGAACCUCCGAGCUUGGAUGAGAGAUACCGGCACAUCAUACAAUGCUGCGAGGGCAGCAAUGUGUUGGCGAGGCUUGCGGAGAUUCCGGCAUGUCUUCCUGAAGGCUGCUCUUCCUUCUACGAGAAGGAGGUGGUGGUCCCCGUUGAUGUAGCUACUGUCAUGCUGCACGACACCAGAGACAACAAAGCCGCCUGGAUGCUGCAACGACGAUGCCGGGUUACAGGGACAACAUGCUACCCGCUCUACACUUACAAGCUGGGAGACUGGAACAAGAAAGUUCCCUCCUUAAUGCAGCCGUCAUUCCGUGGCAACGCUUCAACUGCCUACGGCCAGCGCUGCGAACCGAAGGCACGAAAGAAGUACGAGACUGAGAGCCAAGUAGAGGUUUUUACUUGUGGCCUCCUUGUCUCGCCAAAAAACCCCUGGCUAGGCUGCUCCCCGGACGGAGUUGUGUUCGAGGGAGGAAGACCAACAAAGUUAGUGGAAAUCAAAUGCCCUACGAAGGGACAAACUGUAACUGCAAAAGCAGUUCUGGCAGCCUGCGACUUUCUGGAUUGUGAUGAGGCAGGCAAUUACAUGCCAAAGCAACGCCACACCUACUAUGCCCAGAUGCAACUUGGAAUGGUGCUUCUGGACGUGAGGAAGUGCGACAUGGUGAUUUAUGCCGACAAAGAUGAAUCCAUCGAAGUCAUUAGUGUGGACUUUGAUGAAGCCUUUACCUUGCCGCUGCUCACGAAAGUGAAGGAUCUGUACUUUACGCAUGUGCUGCCGAUUUUGUGCUCAACAGCAGAUGUUUAG